AGCGCUCAAGCCAAUCAGCGGAGACUUUGCUUUUCUGGACGGCCGCUUAUUGGCUGGCAAUUCCGAGCCCGUUCUGCUGUCCAUAUUGGCUAUUGUCGCUGUCAGUCAGGGCCAUGGUCGAACCUUGCCCCGCUCUUUGUCUGUGUAAGCUCCUGUUGUCUGGGAGAGUGGCGGAGGCGCUGCUGUAGAUUGGUCCCUGGGAGAAACCUCUGGUCCGUUCCUAUUGGCCCGUCUGCCGGCGGGCGUCGCUGAUUGGUAGGAUCGAGCAAUCUGGGUGCUAGUUGGCAGAGCUCUCCCCGGAUGGAAGCUCCGGCCGCGGAGUGAUGGUGGCGGCAGCGAAGAUGGGCCGGGGAGGGACCAUGGCGGUGGCGGCAGAAGUGGCAGGGGCGGGGCGCCUGGCGAUAGAGGAGGCUGUGGUCUACCGGGGGCUGUAGGUGGAGGCAUGGCUCAGGCCAGCAGCGGGAACGGCAGCGAGGAGGCCUGGGGGGCACUUCGCGUGCCGCAACAGCAGAGUCCAGCAGCGUCUUCUCUUGAGGGAGCAAUUUGGAGAAGAGCUGGAACCCAGACUCGCGCCCUGGAUGCCAUCCUUUAUCAUCCACAGCAAUCCCAUCUGCUUCGAGAGCUCUGCCCAGGAGUGAACAACCAGCCCUACCUCUGUGAGAGUGGUCACUGCUGCGGGGAGACGGGCUGCUGCACCUACUACUAUGAGCUCUGGUGGUUCUGGCUGCUCUGGACUGUCCUCAUCCUCUUUAGCUGUUGUUGCGCCUUCCGUCAUCGACGAGCUAAACUACGGUUGCAGCAACAGCAGCGCCAGCGCGAGAUCAACUUGUUGGCCUACCACGGGGCAUGCCAUGGGGUUGGCCCUGUCCCUACCGGUUCACUGCUUGACCUUCGCCUCCUCAGCACCUUCAAACCCCCAGCCUAUGAGGAUGUGGUUCACCGCCCCGGCACACCGCCGCCUCCUUACACUGCAGCCUCAGGUUGCCCCUUGACUGCUUCCAGUGACUGCACCUGCUGCUCCUCUGCUUCUAGCUGCCCUGCCCACUGCGAGGGAACAAAUGUGGAAGGUGUUUCCUCCCACCAGAGUGCACCCCCUCAUCAGGAGGGUGAGCCUGGGGCUGGGGUGAGCCCUGCCCCCACACCCCCUUCUUGCCGCUAUCGCCGCCUGACUGGUGACUCAGGUAUUGAGCUCUGCCCUUGUUCUGACUCCAGUGAGGGCAUGCCAGUCAAGGAGGCUAGGGCUAGUGCCACCCCACCAGAUCUGGAGGACACUUGUGUGCUGCCCCUCGAUCCUAUACCCCACGUCUCUCCUGUGGGGCUAGCUUCCAGUGAAGGGGACAUCCCAUAAACAGUUUUGGGAGGGUGGGUGAAUUCCUUGCCCACUAGAAACAGCCUGGGGCCCAAAUCCUUGAAUUCUUCUUGGCCUCUCCCGCCAUCUCGAAUCUUCCUGAAAGGGGUGGAGUCCUGAGGAAGAGUGGCAGUGUUUGGGGGACUGUGCUAGCUCUACCCCCAAAAAACAUACACAGGAGCCUUUGAUCUCAUUAAAGAGAUGUGAACCAGC